AUGGCUAGCCCACCUGUGCUAGCUUUCGAUGCUGAGGGCCGCCCAGUGAAGUUUGACACCUGGCUAGAUGACCUGCACCUCUUCCUACAGCUCACUGCCAAGGAGGACAUCUCACUGUACGAUCACGCCCUAGGCCAUGCCACUGCACCUGCUACUACUGCUGACAGCUCUACCCGCUCACAGUGGCAGACUCGUGACGCCCACGCUCGCUUUGCUAUUCGCAACUCCCUCCCCAUAGAUGAGCGCGAGCACUUUGGCCAACACAAGACUGCACAGGACCUGUACAAAGCUGUCGUUGCCCGCUACUCCUCACCCGCCUCUGCCGCACUAGGCCGUCUCUCGCUUCCCUACCUGUUCCCCGACCUGUCCUCUUUCCACACAGUCGCUGACCUCAUCACGCACCUCCGCACUAGUGAGGCUCGCUUCCGCGCCACUAAGCCUGAUGAGUUCCUUGCCAAGAACCCCCCCCCGCUCUGGCUCACUCUCUACCACCUAGUCACCCGCCUCCCUGACUCUCUGCGUGCAGUCAGGGAUUCCUUCCUAGCUCGCUGCCCUACUGAGCUCACCAUUGCCCUCCUCGAGAAGGAACUACUUGCAGCUGAGGCUAGCAUAGUCGCUGUAGGUGCCUCUCGUGGCGACCCCCGCACCCCGUUCUUUGAGGGGUGUUCUCCUUCCCCCCUUCUUCCCUCUGUCGCCUCUGCUGCUGCUGUCGACCUCCUUGGUGCUGAGAAGGUCGGGACUGCGUCUGCUUCGAGCGGACGCCGCAGCGGCAAGGGCAAAGGGGGCAAGGGAGGCGGAGGUGACGGCGGGGGGGGAGGUGGUGGGGGUGGUGGCGGCGGUGGGGGUGGUGGCGGGGCUGGAGGGGCGAGUGGCAGCGGUGGGGGUGGUGGCGGCAGCGGCGGGGGAGGUGGCAGGGGCGGGGGCGGUGGUGGGGGUGGCGGUGGACGCGGCGGCGGCAGGGGUUGGGGUGGUCGAGGCGGUGGGGGCGGAGGUGGGGGUCGUGGAGGCGCUGGCGGUGGCCAGAGCCAGCAGCACACACCGACGCUCCAGGAGCCGUGUGGGGGACCACACGCCACGCAGCGUUGCUUCGCUCGCCUCAACGAUGCCUGGUGUGUUCAGUACCCUCAGGCCACUGAGCUGCCCCGCUGGGUUGAUCUCCUGAAGAAGGGGAUUGAUAUCUAUGCUCUAGACUUUGAUGCUAUUCUCACUGCCAUGUAUGUGAUGUCUACUAGUGGAGAGGGUGCUGAGUACCUGUGUGUUCCGCCCGACCCGGGCAUUAGGACCAGUGCGUCUGCCGCUUCAGGUACUCGCGUGUCUGCUACCCCAGGUACUGGUGAGGCUGCUGCUCUAGGUGCUUGUGCGUCUGCGCCCCCUGGUACUGAGUCGACUGAGGCACUACACACCUUCACACUGGACUCAGGUGCUUCUCGCUACUUCUUUCGUGACCGCACUGUCCUUGAGCCGCUUGCUCGGCCAGUUGCUGUCUCCCUCGCUGACCCCUCUGGGGGCCCGGUCGUUGCGACCUCCUCCACUGUCCUUCCCUGUCCUGCGGUCCCGUCAGGCACACUGUCAGGUCUCCACCUCCCCUCGUUCUCUACGAACCUGGUGGCAGGGUGUGCGCUCCAGGACGCGGGUGUUCACCAGUUCACCCCUGCCUACGAGCGCGUGACACACUGCACGUGUGCUCGUACGGGCCGCCACUUGGCUACCUUCACUAGGCAGCCGGGGUCGGACCUGUACACACUGACCACUGAGUCCCCUCCGGUAGCUGCGUCUGCGUCUGCGUCUGCGUCAGGUCAGCUGUCGCCCCCCUGCUCGUGUCGCUCUCUGGCGCACGAGACUGUCCUCUGGCACCACCGACUUGGCCACCCGUCUGUGCAGCGCCUUCGUGCCAUGCACAAACGGUACCUUGUCUCUGGUCUUCCCAGGGUCCUCCCUCCCCUCCCACCCUCGCCUGCUCCUCCCUGUCUUCCCUGUGUCGAGGGGCGGCAGCGCGCCGCUCCUCACUCCUCCUCGUUUCCCCCGACGACUGCUCCCUUGCAGAUGCUCCACAUGGACGUGUGGGGCCCAGCCCGCGUCCGUGGUCAGGGUCAGGAGAGGUACUUCCUGAUAGUUGUUGACGACUACUCGCGCUACACCACGGUCUUCCCCUUGCGCACCAAGGCCUACUGUGCUGAGCACGGCAUUGAGCAGUCGUUCACGCUUCCGGCCUCUCCACAGCAGAAUGGGGUUGCGGAGCGCCGCAUUGGCCUAGUCAUGGAGGUCGCCCGUACCUCCUUGAUCCAUGCGGCUGGACCCCACUUUCUGUGGCUGUUUCCGGUCCGGUACGCUGCGCAUCAGCUCAACCUCUGGCCCCGUGUCUCCUUGCCGGAGACCUCGCCCACGCUGCUGUGGACGGGGGAGGUUGGCGAUGCGUCGCGUUUCCGGGUCUGGGGAUCUCGAGCUUUUGUCCGCGAUACGUCCGCGGACAAGCUCUCCACCCGCGCUGUUCCCUGCGUCUUCCUUGGCUUUGUCCCUGACGCGUCUGGUUGGCAGUUUUACCACGCCACCUCGCGCCGGGUCCUGCCCUCUCAGGACGUCACGUUUGACGAGUCCGUCCCCUACUACCGCCUCUUCCCCUACCGCACUGCCCCGCUUCCCCCCCCCGCCUCUCUUCCUCGCGCCAGGUGCUGCUGUGGUAGACCCCCUCCCCCCUCAGGGUGCCGCUCCCUCAGCUUGGGGUUUGAGCCUGGGGUUGCUGAGCCGCGGAGUCCGGAGUCUGGUGGUUCUGAGUCUGGUGGUGCUGGUGCCUCCCCUCUUCAGCGGGAGCUGCCCUCUCUUGAGCGGAUCCGUGAGUGGUACGAGCGGCGCUGCACUCUCCGGAGUGGCGCGCCUGGUGUCGCGGACCCUGGUGCUGGAGGUGCUGCUGCUAGCGCUGCUGGUGCUGGAGCUGCUGGAGGUGCUGCUGCUGGCACUGGAGGCUCUGCUGGCUCUGCUGGUGCUGCGGACCCUGGAGUUGGAGCUGCUGCUGGUGCUACGGACCCUGGAGUUGGAGCUGCUGCUAGUCCUGAGGACCCUGGUGCUGCGGACCCUGGAGUUGGAGCUGCUACUGGUGCUGCGGACCCGGGAGUUGGAGCUGCUGCUGGUGCUGCGGACCCUGACGUUGGAGCUGCUGCUGGUGCUGAGGACCCUGGAGCUGGCGCUGCUGCGGGUGCUGGUGGUGUCUCUACUGGUUCUGGAGUCGCUGCGCGGCCCCGGCCGUACUUCGUUCCGCUCCUUCAGCAGGUUCUUGGUCAGCCUCCUCCUCCUUGUCCUGCUCCCUCCUUAGAGUGUCGUGGUCAGCCGCUCCCUGGUCCUUCUCCUUACACUGGUCCCACAGGAGGUCUUACGGAGCGUCGUGAGCCUGAGUCUCGUCCUGUGUCGCCUGCGUCUCGCUCUGCGUCGCCUGUUCGUGCUGCUCGCACUGGUCGUCGUGUCCCGCGUGAGCGUCCUCCUCCUGUCCCUGGCACUCACUACAUGACUCUGCGUCCCUCUACUGCUCCUCAGCGUGUCCUUCUGCCGUCUCCUCCUGCGUCCUCUCUUCCUGAGCUUCCUGACCCGGAGUCUGACUCCCUUCGUGCUGCCCGUCCUACUGUCACGCGUCUACUCGCUACUGUUGUCACUGACCCUACCUUUGAGUCCUCUGCUGCGUCUGCUCUCGUCGCUGAGUUGGUUGACUUUGCUGCCGCUUGUCGUCUAGACUACGCCGCUAGCCUAGUUGCUGCGUCUGAGUCUGUCUGUCCUCCGUCCGUCGGGGGUGAGUGUGCUCUUGGCACGGACGUCCUUGAGGACAGGCAGGAGGAGUUCCAGUGCUUUGCCGCUGCUUUGCCUCAUCUCGUGUCCAUGCUAGUUGCCCCUGAGGGAGACCCGGAUGCACCAGACAUCCCGACCCUGCGCUCUUACGCAGAGGCGAUGGCGGGUCCCUACUCCUCUCAGUGGCAGACAGCCAUGGACGCAGAGAUGGCUUCCUGGAAGUCCACAGGCACCUACGUCGACGCAGUUCCCCCACCAGGGGCGAACAUCGUCAGUGGCAUGUGGAUUUUCAGGGUGAAGCGGCCGCCGGGUUCUCCGCCUGUCUUCAAGGCGCGUUACGUUGCUCGAGGCUUCAGUCAGCGUGAGGGAGUCGACUUCUUCCAGACCUUCUCCCCCACCCCGAAGAUGACCACUCUUCGGGUGCUGCUGCACAUAGCCGCUCAGCGCGACUACGAGCUUCACUCUCUUGACUUCAGCACUGCUUUCUUGCAGGGCAGCCUGCACGAGGAGAUCUGGCUGCGCCGCCCUCCUGGCUUCACUGGGUCGUUUCCUCCUGGUACCCAGUGGAGACUACCCAGCUGA